AUGAAUAAUUUCUCUGUCGUACAAAAGUUUGUGUCGAUUCUGUCCAUAAUAUACGGGUAUAUAAUGGAAUGGAGUGAAAACAAUUUCAUCUCAAUCGACGGCACGAUUGAUAUCACAGACCUUCAGAAGUUGGAAGCGAUUAUAACGCGUCUGCAAAACGGCCACAACUACUUCGUGAGAGUGGCGUCAGGCAAUUGCAAAGGCUUUUCCGACUACUCUUACCCGUCGCCCAAUAGUGCCAUCCCUUCCAGCUGGCGUGACGUCGACGACAAGCCUUCACCCAAUUUCGACAAUCCCUUACAAUUGGAUCAACUCUUUCAACAGAUGAUCGAUUGUCGGCCAAACACUUUGGCAGAAGUCAAAGUGAUAUCAGUGGAGAGCGAGAAUCAGUACCAACGCAAGGGUCAGGUCCGCAAAAGUAUCAAAAACCUCUUCGGAUCGAACCCUAAGUUCCAGAAAGUGAUGAAAAGAGGCAUUUAUUUGGCGUGUCUUCUAUACAAUGACGACAGAGUCCUCGUAACCAAUGAUGAAAUACUUCCGAUCGUCGAAAUCGAUUCUUGA